AUGUCGGGCUUUGGUAGCUCCAUUAGCACGCCGCGCCGUCUCAGGCCAAAUCUGCGACCGGCAGAGUCGUCGCCCAACCUGACCUUCUCCGCCAGCUCCAUGGCACGACAAGCCUCGCUCAGCGCACUCACCGGCGCAUCGCCCUCGCCCAACACCAUGGCCGACGCACAGGACAUCGACAUUGGCGACCUGGUCGACGUUCCCGGCGGCAUGCACGGCGUCGUCAAGUUUGUGGGCAGCAUCCGCGGCAAGAAGGGCGUCUUUGCAGGCGUCGAGCUGAGCCGGGCGUUUGCCUCGCGCGGCAAGAACGACGGCGCCGUCGAGGGCACGCAGUACUUCACCACCACCACGCCCGGCUCCGGCAUCUUCCUGCCCGCCCACCGCGCCCUCAAGCGCGCGUCCGGCACCUCGGACGACUUCCCCCCGACCCCGACGACGCCCUCGUACGCGGCCAACAGCUUCAGCCUGUCCACGACGGCAAAGCCCAACUUCAGCCCCAACGCGCCCUCGGCCUCCAAGGCGAGCUUCUCGCAGUCCCUCGGCCCCGGCGCCCGUGCCCGCCGUCCCUCGCUCUCCCGCCCCGAGUCCCCGCUCCGCAAAGCCUCCAACCUGGCCCCUCCCACGCCCGGCCGCAGCGGCAGCGUCACGCCCUCGCACUUCUCCAAGAGUGCCAUUGGCGCACCGCCGCGCUUUGCGAGCCCUGCGCCCCCGCGAGGUGUCGGGGUGCAGAAGCCUCGGACGCCAGGCCCCUCGCGCCCGUACUCGCGCAACACCAACUCUCGCCUGGGCCAGCACGACACCAUCGACGAGGAUGGCGAGGUCUCGCCCAACGGGGCGACACGCACAAGCAACGACUCCAUGGCCAACUUCAGGUCCAGUCGCCUCGGCAGCCGGCCAUCCUCCGCGCCAAACGCCGAAGUCCAGCGGCUGACCAAGGUCGUACAAGAGCGCGACAAGCAGCUCGAGGAGCAGGCGACAGCCCUUGCAGACAUGGAAGCCACGCUCGCCGAGAUCCAGAGCCUCAUGCCCGAGGGCGGCUUCGAGCACGAGCCUGCCGAGUCCAACGACGUGCGGGAACUGCGCUCGAUGCUGAGGGACAGAAAUGACAAGAUCGCCCUGCUCACAGCCGAGUUCGACGCACAUCGAGCCGACUUCCGCAACACAAUCGACACGCUGGAACUUGCAAGCACAGAGACGGAGAGAGUUUAUGAGAAGAAGGUCGAUGAGCUGCAGUCAGAAUUGCACGAGAUGCUGGCUCGCAACGAGGACGUCGAGACUGUGGCGAUGCAGCUGAAGCAGCUCGAAGAGCUGGUGCAGGAGCUGGAGGAAGGCCUCGAGGACGCCCGCAGAGGCGAGGCUGAAGCUCGCGGCGAGGUCGAGUUUUUGCGCGGCGAGGUCGAGCGCGGCCGGUCAGAACUGCGGCGGGAACGCGAGAAGGCUGCUGAGGUGCUGAAGAGCGCCAACACAAUGGUCGACGGGCCGCCCCCCGCUGGACAGAGAGAGCUCGAGCAGCGAGACGAUGAAAUUAGAGGGCUCAAGGCUAUCAUCCACUCGUUAAGUUCGGGCGUUCCAAACGAUCACGACCGCUCGUCUCGAGAGGACUCCUCUGAGGAACUCAAGGCCGCGCAAGCCACGGCAGAGCGCCUCGAGCGCGAGAAGGAAGAGCUGCGUGGGCUUGUAGAGAGGAAGGCCUACCGCGAAGAGGAGUUGGAGCGCGAGCUUGAGAAGCUGAGGAGUCAGGCUCAGCGCGAAAGCGUCAUCAGCAGUGCCGUUUCUGAACACACAGUAAAGCAGGAGCCGCACUCGACAACGAGAGACUCCAAGGACACGGCGGGAAGCUGGCGGGCGGCACCACCAGUUCGACGCGACCCCCCAACCACGCUGGAGCCUAUGGUGGAGUCGGAUGGAUGCUCAUCUGCCGCCGACAGCGUGCUGUGGUGCGAGAUCUGCGAGACGGGCGGACACGACAUUCUCAACUGCUCUGCCAUGGGCGGCGAUGCAGCGCACAAAGAGGCCGACUCUCACGAUGGCAAGCACGAUGUUGUCGAGGCACUGAGGAACCUCUCCGUCUCCUCUGAACAUGCUCGACCUGCUGGUCUGACGCCUGCAAAAUCGCCAGGUAACGCCCCCACCACGCCUCUGCCCAUCCCCUCGUUCAACCACUCCAGCUCGUCGCUUGUGCCAGCCAAAGGCGCUGCUGUGGCGGACCCAGACAAGUGGUGUGCUCUCUGCGAGAACGAGGGUCAUGACGUUACGGAGUGCCCGAACGAGGAUGCUUUUUGA